AUGUCCUUUCUUCAUACCCACUCAAGCGAGUGUAUAAAGAGCGAACUCGAUUUCUUCUCUUUACCACCUACGCAAACCAGCAUCGAGAGUUCGCAAUGGAUUUAUUACAAACCCGUAACUUCGCUCACGGACGACUCACCCAUAGAAUUCGUCAUACCCGGCCAUGGAGAAGACUAUCUGGAUCUCACUCACACCAUGUUGAGCCUUCGCAUACGCGUAGAAAGCGAACGCGGGGAGAGCACAUCGGUCGCAGCCACCGACGUGGCAAAAGCAGGGCCCGUAAAUCAUUUACUGCAUUCCAUGUUCAACCAAAUCGACGUGUAUUUCAAUCAAAAACUCGUGUCGCAACCAAACAACGCUUACGCUUACCGCGCGUACAUCGAGGCGUUAUUAAAUUAUGCUUCACCCGCAAAAACUUCUCAUCUAACCUCUUGCUUAUGGGACGCGGAUAUUCCCGUCUACAUGGACGACAUGUUAGACUCGUCAAAUCCAAAUACGGCACUCGAGAGACGCGCGAAAUACAUUCAAGGAAAUCGUGCGCUAGAUCUCCAAGAGAUGUCAAAGAAGCUUGAUUGCCUCUGGCUCCUCUGCAGUUCCACUGAUUAA